AAAAAGUUGUGUGAACGCGCACGGAUCGGAAGUAAUAGAACUUUACCUGGAACGGGAGUUACGACAAGAGCUCUAUUUAUUGUGAUAUACCAUAUACAAAAUUUUUGAAUAACCCAAGUGUUUUGCCCAGUGAAAUAGCAAUGCGAUCGCUUUACCGAUUAUUCAUAUUUUAUAAUAUAUUUGCUCUUAUCCGAACAGAAGCCGGUGAAUUUGAGAAAUUAAUUAUUCCAUCGUCCUAUGCAAAAGCAUCCAAUGGGAAUUCGAGUGCUUCCCACUCGGUGGCCGCUCGCUCCUACGCUGGUGGCCAGGGCACGAAUACGGAGUGCUCCUUUGGCACCGAGUGCACGCCGCUGCACGACUGCACGGCAAUGAUCUAUGAGGUGGCGAAGAACUGUUAUUACGGCGACAAGUCGCUUUUUUGCGGCGGUGGCGAGGAGAUGCCCUACGUGUGCUGCCCGAGCAGUCCACUGGAGAAGAAUCAGGUGUGCGGCAAGUCGCUUGUGCAGGGACAUUUCUACAAGGGACUCGGCUCGUAUCCCUUUGUGGCUCGCGUGGGCUUUAAGCACAUAAGCACGGGCGCCUUUGCCUAUCCGUGUGCAGGAUCGAUCAUUGCCCGGCGUGUCAUCCUGACCGCCGCCCAUUGUGCGUUGGCCAAGGCCGAUGGCCACCGGCUCUCAUCGGUGCGCGUUGGCGAGUAUGACACCUCCAGUGAUCCGGACUGCGCCAGCACUGGCUUCUGCGCACCACGGUCUGUGAAUCAUGCGAUCAGCCAUGUGAUUGUGCAUCCAGACUAUAAGCAAGGCCAAUAUCAUCAUGACAUUGCGCUGCUGGUGCUCAAAACACCGCUCAAUUACUCGGUGGCCACCCAGCCGAUCUGUUUGCAGAAGACACGCGCCAAUUUGGUGGUGGGCAAGCGGGCGACCAUUGCCGGCUGGGGCAAGAUGUCCACGUCGAGCAUACGCCAGCCGGAGAUGUCGCAUCUGGACGUACCGCUGACCAGCUGGGAUCUGUGCCUGCGCAACUAUGGAUCAACGGGCGCACUCGAAUCGCCCAAUUCAAUUGAGGGCCAAUGGAUGUGCGCCGGCGGCGAGGGCAAGGAUGUCUGUCAAGGCUUUGGCGGUGCGCCAUUGUUCAUCCAAGAGAACGGCAUCUUCUCACAGAUCGGCAUCAUGUCCUUUGGCUCAGACAACUGCGGCGGACUUCGCAUACCCAGCGUAUACACGAGCUUGGUCUACUUCCAGGAGUGGAUACACGACAACACGCCACCGGAAUAAGCCAGCAUCCGUGUCCAUCAGACAUUUCCCUAACCUAAGCGUAAAACUUAAAUGUACAUCAAUAUAUGGUAUUUAUAUAUGUAUGUAGAAUUGGUAUAUGUUUUAUUUGGCAAAGUAACCUAAACUAUUAUUUUUCUGAUAUUCAAACGAGAGCGUGUUCAUUUUAUGUAAAUUGAUGGAUGGGUUCACAUGCGUCGGGCCAUAUAUAACCUACACGCACACAUAUAAUUUAAUUGAAUUAAUUGAACUUUGACACGAGAAACGGGGCCUCCAAACAAAUAAAGUUCUCAUUCAGGAAAAAAAUAAUACGUUGCAGAGAAAACAGCUCACAAUAUUUGUAUUUAUAUUUUCGCAACUUGAGUGAACUUUUACGGAAUUUAAUUGUACAUUUUUAUAAAAAAAAACGACUUCCAAAACUAUAUUUGUCUACGUUCCAAGUCUUAGAGUCAAUGCUCAAUCAAUUAUUUCCGGAAUUGUCCGGAUCGGAGCUAUUCGAACUAGAUAGCCGUCAUAGUUGUGUAUGUUCAAUCAGAAAUAAAAACAAUUUUUGAUUUAUGUAGCAUUUUAGGAAAGCGCGCUUAAGUCUAUAAAAUAUAAUUUAAGAAUUUUUAGAUGGAAAAUAAAAUUUUUUAUAAUUUAUUUUCAUAA